CGUCCCCAACCACGUGCAUCUCCCAAACGACUUUUAAACUUGGCUCUGUUUCAUCGCACAGUGCAUUAGAUUAAUUCCCAGAUACCGUUUCUCAGAGCCACUGCUCAGCUAAAAAAUAGUGGAAAAAUAGGAACUUGUUUCCCAAAAUGAAAAUUUCCAGUAUUCAAUUUCUCUGUAGGGCACCCUCAAUCCUUGUCCCUUCAACAUUUCUGGGUUGCACUUCUUUCAACCCAUUAUUUGGAAGAGACAGAGAAUUCAAGUGUUGCAGAGUAAGAAGGCUUGGGAAGAAGAUAAGGGGUGGAGGAAUUGUGUGUGGAGUAUUUCUGCCAGUUGAUCCAUGGGCACCCAACAUUGAUUCAGAGAGUAUAGCUUCACAGCUUUUUGCAGCUUCUUUGUUUCCCUAUCUUGGUUUCUUGUACUUCAUCACUAAAUCUAAGACUGCCCCAAAUCUUACUCUUUUUGGCUUCUACUUCCUCCUUGCCUUUGUGGGGGCUACUAUCCCUGCUGGCAUUUAUGCAAAAGUGCAUUAUGGCACUUCCUUGUCUAAUGUGGACUGGUUACAUGGUGGUGCUGAGUCUCUUCUCACUCUCACCAAUAUAUUUAUUGUGUUGGGAUUGAGAGAAGCUCUUAGGAAAUAUGAAGAUGGAAAACAAACAGAAUCAACUCCUGUUUCAAAGUUGGAAGAGGAGAAGUAAAUAUUCCCAUUUAGCUUACAUAGAAUGGUUUAAACGCCCAAUAUUCCUCCAGUCUUCUUUACAACUUUACCGGAUGGAAUGUUGCAGGUUUCCUUGUUCCUUUGUCAAGUGAUUCAAAUAUUGGCUUAUAUUCGGGAUUUUUUACGAGGGCAUGAACUUUAUAGGAUCAUGUAUAUUGUCGUUUAUUGGUUUAUGUUGUUGUAAAUUGGAUUAAGAGAUUGCUCUUUUUUUUUUUUUUCUUUUAAUUUUUUUCAUGUGUGGUUUACUUUUCCAACCUUGUUCUAUGUUGGGGAGAAAGUUUCUGCCUUGUAUUGCACCAAUCAAAUGUGCAAUUUGAAGAACUUGUUAAUGCCA